AUGGGAAGGGGAAAAUUCAAGAGCAAGCCCACCGGUCGCCGCCAGUUUUCCACCCCGGAGGACAUGGCUGCCGGUACGUCUUCUCGUCCCAAGACUUUCAGACAGAAAGAAGCUGAGCAUGAAGAGGAGUCAGAACAGGAAUCAGAGGAAGUAUCCGAGAAUGAAUCUGGAGAAGAAUCUGAAGGAGAAACUAAAAAAACAAAAGGUACUCAAGGGAUUAUUGAGAUUGAAAACCCUAACUUGGUGAAGCAAAAGAACGUGAAGGCUAGAGACAUUGAUAUUGGGAAAACAACCGAGCUUUCAAGGCGGGAAAGAGAAGAGCUAGAGAAACAGAGAGCUCAUGAGCGCUACAUGAGGUUGCAAGAGCAAGGAAAAACAGAACAAGCAAGGAAGGAUUUAGAACGUUUAGCUCUUAUACGUCAGCAGAGGGCAGAAGCUGCGAAGAAGCGUGAAGAAGAGAAAGCUGCCAAAGAACAGAAGAAGGCUGAAGCUCGCAAGUAAAAUUCUAUGGGAGAUUUCAUAUGUCCUUAGUUUUAGUCAAAUUCUGUAGGUGCAGUAUGUGUUCUCAACGCAUUUUAAACUUUUGUUAAUUUAAUGUUAUAUUGGGUUUUAGAUUUACCAAUCCGCUUUGGUAACAUUUUAAUGCAAAUAUUUCCUCAUUCACGUAUCUUGAAAUCAGACUAAUUUUAUAUAUAUCAUUAUAUUCCUCCA